AAAAAAAGAGUUUUAUAAAGGUUCUCAUUCUCAAGUUCUCUUCUCUAAGAACCCAAACAAUGGCCUCUUCAGACAAAACCAUAAACACAGACGUCCCUGAAAAAGACGUCUUUGCCAUCCACUUCCUCCAAUCCCUCUCAAAUCUCACAACACAAAACCCUUUUAAUUCUCCGGAUACAACAAACUACCGUGCAAGGAAGAUCAAGAAGGCUGCUUACGUUUCCAUGGCAAAAGCAGCCGGAGGGUCUAGCCGGUUAUGGAGCAGAGCCCUCUUGGGCCGAGCCGCCAAAGAAAACAACAAGAUCGUAAGGUUUGCAAGGAGAAAGAGGAAGGUGACGUGGAAGAUAUCAUCAAAACGGAGGAGUGACCAGAGAGCUCCGGAGGCUACGGAUAGGCUGAGGAAUCUUGUUCCGGGAGGCGGAACAAUGGAGACGUCAAAGCUUAUGGAAGAGACGGCUCAUUACAUCAAGUGCCUUAGUAUGCAGGUCAAAGUCAUGCAGUGCCUUGUUGAUGGCUUGUCUCCGAAAUGAUUAUCAUCAUCAUCAUCAUCAUCAUCAUCAGUGAUCGAUGUAUAUAGAGAUACAACACAUACACAGUAUACUGGAUUGGGCCGGGGUAUAAUCAUAACGCACGCAUCUAUAUGUGUAUAUAUAUAUAUAUAUAUAUAUAUAUAUAUAUUCUUAUAUAUAAACAUACGUGUAAGAUAGGAUACAUAUAUGAAAUGUGUGGAUAUGUAUUAUUCUCGAAGUAACGAAAUAUUCUUUUCCUUUUUGUUUUCUUAAAUUUUGAUAAAAGUGGAUUUAUUAUA